AUGCUGCCAGUGGCGGGAUCGGCUUUUUGCUACGUCCUCCUCCUGGACUCCAAGCUAGUGCCACUGCGGGAGUUCGGGGUUUUCAUUGACAUCGAUGUGGACUACUUGGAGGAUGUGGACUUCACCAGUGCCAGUGCUCCGAUUGACGAGGGAGACUUGGAGUCACCCGAGGCCGAGGCCCGGUCGUCCGAUGCUCGCUCCAUCGCCACGAGCGAGGCAGAGCUCGACUUGGGAGCGGCUGGCAUUGCACUCUUAGAGGCGCGGCUCCGGCUCUCUCCGGCCCUUGGCGCAGCCGUGCCUGCCGUUGCUGUGCCCGUUUCCCAAGUUCCUCUGGCUCCCGCCAGCCCGGUUCCACGCCGGCUCGAGCCGGAGCUGGAGGGUUCCGUGCGAGCCCUCGCAGAGCAGCAGCGGUUGCAAGCGGCGGAGCUGGCGGAGCUGCGCAGGCGCGCCCUGAGCCAGAGCCAGGAAGGUGCCGGUCAGAGCCAGAGCAGCGAUUCGGCCGCCCGCUUGGCCGAGAAAGUGCUGCGGGCGGAGGCGGAUGCUCGAGGGGCUCGCCAGGACGCCUUGGCCCAUUCUCGCCGUGCGCAGGUUCUUGAGGAGAAGUGGGCCUUGGGUGAGCGAGAGAUCGCAGACCUAAAGGCAAAGAUAGCCGCCGAUGCUGAGGAUGCCAGACGUCGCGAGGCCCACCUGGAGGAGAAGCUGACCCUGAAAGAUGCACGAAUCUCGGAGAUGACAAUGAAGCUGGAGACAGCCGUGGAGGCACAUUCGAAACGAGUGGCCUUCCUGGAGCAGAUGCUGGCAUCCAGAGACGCAAAGAUCCAGGAGCUUUCGGAGAAGCUCGACAAGGACUUCCGCCUGGUACAGCAAGAUGCCGAAGGGCACGCGCGGCGCGUGACGCUCCUGGAGGAGACCCUGGCCCUGAGGGAUGAGAAGAUUGCCGAGUUGCAGUCGAAAGUUGACGGUCUCCGCGAGAAGAAGCGCGAGUUGGUUCGGAAAGCGGAACUCGAACAAGUCAGCACAACGCAGGAAGUUCGAGACCAAGUGAAUGCAGAGAUUCGUCGCUUCCAGGAGAAGGCACAGGCAGACAUUGAAGCCGUCCGCACAGGCCUUAAUGCCUUGCAUCAGAAAGAGGUCCACAUGCUCCAGGAGCGCAUCAGCGCGGCGGAAGAGCGAUCAAGUGGCCUGCAGUCCCGUCUAGACAACGAAGAGCAGGCACAUCAGGCGCUGCAGCUGUCCGCCAGUCGUGUGCGAGCUGAGCUGCAGAACGAGAUCACGGAACUUACCGGGUCCUUGAAGCUGAGGGUUUUUGAGAUUGAGCGAGCCGCCCUGACGCACGAAGAGGUCAGUGCUGCGCGGCAGAAGCUCGAUGCCGAGAAUGAGGCUCUCAAGAAGCAGGUCGAAACUCUUCGAAAGGAGUUUUACAACCUGGAGCUUCAGUACAAAGAGGGCCGUGCAAGUGAAAGGGCGGAGCUCGCAUCGCUGCGGGAGCAAAUGAAGGGCUACUUGGACUUGGAAAGAGACCUGGACGCGGCCAUUGCCGGCUGUGCCGAGGCGCCUUUGGCAUCUUCCGCGGAUGCACAGGAGGCACUUCUCAUCGGAACGACUUUGGGCAGUGCCCCAGCGAGUGCACAGCGUCGGAUCCAGCAAAGCUUGCUGUUAGCCCAAGAGCUGCAGCGACGUUCCCGCGAGCUCCGCCAGCAGACCACCGCGUCUGAAGAGGCACAGAAAGAAAUCUCCCGGCUGAAGCUGGAGCUGGAAACAACCCAGCUCCAAGUUCGUGCCGCAGGCUUCUCAGAACCACAGGUCUACUUGCAGAGCUCCCUGAGGGAGUGCCAAGCAGAGGUGUCCCGCGCAAAAUUGGAGCUGAAGUCCUGCAAACAAGACUUGCUACAGGCCCAGCAGCGCGCUGAGCAUGCGCAGAGAGCUCGCCUCCAAGUGGAAGAGGACAUGCGGAAGCUGCUGUCCUCACGGGACUUCUUGCAGCAGCUGAAGCAGGAAAUGGACAGCUUAAAGCCUGUCGCCGUGCUCGCACCAACCGAUGGCACCUGCACGGGUGUACAGGGGGGCAGCAUUGCGGCCUUGCCUGAAAGCCUCGUGUAUGUUGGACACUCGGUGAAUGCGCCGGACGUUCGUGCAAAAGAUGACCGUGCUUCUUCACUAGUCACUAGUGACAUGGCAGAGGACCCAGGCACGAGCGCAGCAUUCGACCCUGGAUUCGGCGAAAGGUUGGUUGGAGUGCUUGAGCCCGCCGAGCUGAAGCCAGACUGGAGUGACGUGGCCGAGAAGGUCAUGCUUGCAGUCAAUCGGCCGAAGCCCGUACUUGCAGGUGCUGGCUUUGCUGUCGCCGUGGCUCUGAUAGUCGCCGUGGCUGUGACGGCCUCCCAGCCACACCCGGCUUUGCCUGAGGUUUUUCCGCCGGAGCACCACCGUGAAGCUGGCAGGCCUAUGCUGCAGAGCUUUGCGCCCUCCUCACUGGCAGAGGAAGAAGCCCCACUCACCAUCCGAAUGUGCGAGCCCGGUCGUCUGCACCUCAAGUGUGUGCUGCAUUGGUGCGACCUGGAGAACACGCCGAGCAACAAUCUGACAUCCUGGCCAGCAUCUCAAGCCGCAACGUGUCGGUGCUACUCACAGUCCCAGACCACCGCCUCGUGCACCAACAUCAGCCUGUCACUCGUUGUGAGUGGGCCUCGUCCGGCGUCCUUGACGCAGGAUGUGCUGCAUGCGCAGGCGCUGAGCUUCGUUGCGGCGGAGUAUGCAGAUGCCAACUCGGUAGAGAUCACCGCGGCUACAAGCCGCCGGUUGCAGUCCGUGGUUUUGGAGGACUGGCCGUCGGGGACGACGCAGGUGGAUCCCCUGACGCAGCUUCCUCCGAUAAACCUGGGUUUUGCUACCGCCAGGAGGUCGAGCAGCUCUUGUGAAGACGCGAUCUACUGCUACUGCAGUCCGAAAUCCUGUACGACACCGUCAGGAUACAGAAGGACUGUCAAUGACCUGACUUUGCCGGCGCCCGCAGACAGCACGCUCCAGCCACAGGGUCGGCCGAGUUUGGAGGUUAUCGUCCUCUUCGGCAUCUCACAGCGGGAGGACAGAUCGACACUGAGUGGCACAUUCACGGCGGCGUUCGACGCCGGCUUCGAUCCUGCCAGCCCGUGGUCACAGCGAGCCAUGCUGCGCGUUUGCAACGAACUGCCAUCGGAGCUGAACAUUCUCAGCUCCAACUGCUGGAUUCAGGACUUCCGUAACUGGCUCAUAGGUCGAGGACAGAAGUUUCCCGUCGAUCGUUUUUUGGACUUCCACCUAACUCUCAAGGAGUUCUUGGUGGGUCAUCCUUCUGCUGCAUCAGCAAUGUGGCUGAAUGAGGCAAACAACCUCACCGCGACGAUGUUCACCUUUCAGGUCGUCCCAACGGACGGAGCCGAUGCCACCCUGGAGAUGCGAGACAGGUGGCUCAACUACGCCAUGCACUCGGAACCAACAGAGCGUGCACGCAUGUCCGCAAGUUCCUCUUUGCUUCAUCUUGUCGUGCCUUUCGAGAUCACCGGCUUGAACAGCGAAGCAACAUCCACUGCAGCGGGCGCUUGGGCGCAAAGCUCGGUGUGCGAAUUGGCAAGGAUGGCACUGGGUCCAGGGAAGUUGUACUGCUUGGUAAUUGCAACUGUGCCGGUUCGUUAG